GGACAUUACUCGAGGAACAUUUGUUUGUGGAAAUGUGUUCCGUGCCUGUUUCCAGUCGGUAACAUUAUUCUGCUAGUGUGCAUCUCUGAAACUAGCUAGCUAGUAGCCGCUGAACAUGGCUACAGUUCUCCCACCCAGACCUUGCGAUAGCAACCCUGCAACCCCGGGAGCGCAGUCUAUAAAGGAUGACAUUGAGGAAGUUUCCAAUGAUGGCAGUCAAGCUCCAAAAAGGCGGCGCAUGGGUUCAGGCGACAGUUCCAGAAGUUGCGACACCUCCAGUCAGGAACUUGGGCCCACAUACUUCUCAGCAGAAAAUCUGACUGAGUACAGGUGGCCCUCAGAUGGCAGUGGGGAGUACUAUAUGUUGCAAGAACAAGUCAGUGAAUAUCUGGGAGUGACUUCAUUCAAGCGAAAAUAUCCAGAUUUGGAAAGGAGAGACCUCUCCCACAAGGAGAAGCUAUAUCUGAGGGAGCAAAAUGUCAUCACUGAGACACAGUGCACCUUGGGUUUGACUGCUUUACGAAGUGAUGAAGUUAUUGAUUUAAUGAUCAAGGAGUACCCGGGAAAACAUGCUGAGUAUUCUGUCAUUCUCCAAGAGAGAGAGCGUCAGAGGAUAGCAAAAGAGUACUCUAAAAUGCAGCAACAAAACCCUCAGAAGGUUGAAGCCAGUAAAGUGCCAGAGUACAUAAAGAAAGCUGCCAAGAAAGCUGCAGAGUUCAACAGUAACUUUAACAGGGAAAGGAUGGAAGAGAGAAGGGCAUAUUUUGACCUUCAGACACAUAUUAUCCAAGUACCCCAAGGGAGGUAUAAAGUUCUUCCUCCAGAGAGAACCAAGACUGGACCCUAUCCAGUGGCCCUCAUCCCUGGGCAGUUCCAAGACUAUUACAAAAGGUACUCUCCCAACGAGCUGCGCUACUUGCCCCUGAACACAGCCCUGUUCGAGCCCCCCCUUGACCCGGAGCUGCCUGCCCUGGACAGUGAUGGGGACUCGGAUGAUGCAGAUGAAAACAAGGGAGAAGAGGGCAAGAAAAAUUCAGACAGCUCAUCUGGAAACACCUCAGAUGGGGACAGUCAGGACAGUGGAGUGCAGUCAAAGGGCAAGGCCAAGGACAGGACUGCCACCCCGGCUAAAGAUGCCACCCCACGCCUCAACCAACACAAAUCUGUCCCUGGGUACAAGCCUAAGGUCAUACCCAAUGCUAUUUGUGGCAUUUGCCAGAAGGGUAAGGAGUCCAACAAGAAAGGAAAGCCAGAAGCUCUCAUUCACUGCUCACAGUGCAAGAACAGUGGUCACCCAUCGUGCCUGGAUAUGAGUGAGGAGCUGGUGGGCCUGAUUAAGACCUACCCGUGGCAGUGUAUGGAGUGUAAGACGUGCACGGUGUGUGAGCAGCCCCACCACGAGGAGGAGAUGAUGUUCUGUGACAAGUGUGACCGGGGCUUCCACACCUUCUGCGUGGGCCUAGACUCCAUCCCUCUAGGGUGCUGGGUUUGUGAGUGUUGCAUCAAGGAGUUCUCAACGCCCAAGAAAAAAGGAGGAAUAAAAACACCCAAAAAGUCCAAAUCUGCACACAAAUAGAAUGUGAUUAUGGACAAUGAUCAACUCAACAAGCUAAUACUCAAUUUUAAAGAUACGUUUUGUACUUUUGAUUUUUAAGAGUAAGUUUGGUAAUCCUGUAUAUAUGGAUUUAUUUGUCACAAUUGGAUUUGAAAUGUCAUUGCCACUGAAGUAAACAUUUUUGCCAGUAAAAGCUUUUUUUAAUAA